AUGGCGUCCACUUCACAAGAAUUCGAAGAAAUUGAACAAAUAGAAGUCUUAAAUGAAUCUAAUCAAUCCAUUCAAGCGACUGAUAAUGCUACUAAUAAACGUAAGCGAAGUACUGUAUGGCGGUAUUUCUCAAGACAUGAAUUACAGGAAGGAAUAUCCAUUUGUACAGUAUGUGGAGAGACUGUCAAACCUAGCAAUACGACAAAUCUCUUCAAGGUAUGUAAAUAUAUAUUAUAACGAGUUUGCGAAGCAUUUGGGUUUCACUCACAGAAAAGUUACCCCUUACUGGCCCCGGGCUAACGGUGUAGUAGAGAGAUUCAUGCGCACCGUGAAGAAGGUGAUAAAGGCAGCUGUGAUGGAAAACAAAGUUUGGAAGCAAGAAAUGUACAAAUUUUUACGAAACUACAAAGCUACACCUCACACGUCAACCAAAAUCCCACCAGCCAUCGCACUGUUUGGCCGUCCAACUCACAAGAUGACUUUAUACAUAAAAACGAUGAUCAUGCUAAACUCAAGAUGAAGUACUAUGCUGACCUGAAAUCCAAUGUCAAACUCAGCCAUUUAGAAGAAGGUGAUACAGUACUUCUGAAGAACGACUACAAAAGUAAAAGGUUUCCGCCGUAUGAUCCACAUCCAUAUAAAGUGGUGGAGAAGAAAGGAUCAAUGGUCACUGCAAGGAGAGACUCCAGAUCAGUAACCCGUAAUUCGUCUUUCUUCAAGCCUGUUGUAAAGCCGGAAAAUGAAGAAACAGAAUGCCCAGAACUUUGUGUUCCAGAAAGAUCACAAGAAAAUCCUGACAUCUCUGAAGACGCUGAAUGUGAAACAUGA